AUGUCUUCACAACCGCCUCUUCCGCUCCCGCCAUGGCUGCCCCCCCAGCUCUCUCAAUCGCAAUCUCCAACGCUCCACGCACUCAGCUCGUCUCUCCUCCCUCACCUCCUCGCCGCAAUCUCUCAGAUUGGCGCCUCGCUGCGCACCUCGCACCACGUAGCGCUUGCCGGAUCGGCGAAUCCCUUCGGAGAUGACCAGCUCAACGUCGACGUCGCAGCCGAGAAUGCGGUCCGCGCCGCGCUGGCAAAGUGCCCGCUCGUAGUGGCUGCAAGCAGCGAGGAAGACCCGGAAGAGAAGCAAGUUCACCAGACAGCAGACGUUACUUCUUCGGAUGAGAGAUUCUCAGUGGCGUUUGAUCCUCUCGACGGCAGCUCCAUCAUCGGCGCAAACUGGUCCGUGGGCACAAUCCUCGGCAUCUGGAAAGGCGACACCGCACUCGGCAAGACCCCCAGCAAGGACCAAAUCUGCUCCGUCCUGGGCGUCUACGGGCCGCGAACGACGGCCAUUGUGGCUGUGCGCGAGAAUCCGCAAGAUGCCGGCCUGUGCUUUGAGCUGGGGCUGGACGACAGCGGCUCCAGCAUCGAGCUCGUCCGGCCAGACGUGAAGCUCUCCUCGCCGCCCUACAAGACGCGGUACUUUGCGCCGGCCAAUCUCCGCGCCGCUGCAGAGUCGCCUGCCUACGCCUCGCUCAUUGCGUCUUUCAUCAAGGAAAAGUACACGCUUCGGUACAGCGGGGGGCUUGUGCCGGAUCUGGGCCACAUUCUUACCAAAGGUCACGGCGUGUACAUUUCGCCUGUGACGCAGACGAGCAAGGCGAAGCUGAGGAAGUUGUAUGAGCUGUUUCCUGUGGGGUUGGUGGUGGAGUGUGCUGGGGGAAAGGCGGUGGACGAAGAUGGGAGGGAUGUGUUGGAGAAGGGGGUGGAGGGAUGUGAUGAGAGGGGGGGAAUCAUUUUUGGAAAUACGGAUGAGGUUGAAAAAGUGGUCAAGGUGCUGCUGGGAUGAUGGGCCGGACUGAUGGAUGUAUGGCCUUGAGAGUUUAAAUCAGCUGCAAGGAGCAUAUAAGUGUAUAUCAACUCAUAAACAUUAACCAAAUUCGUCCGCUAGCUAUGAUACUACAUGGUCGUGUAAACAUCAAAGAAGAGAGCAUGUUUAUAAAAUCAUUUUGAACUCGGGGUCACGAUCAUCACCACAGCCGGCAUACUGGUCGUAUUUCCCGGCCUUUUUGUCUCUGUUAACCUUGGAUAGCCAGAGCACGUUGACCAA